GCGGGAACUCAAUUCUAACUGGCGGCUGCCGGCCAUAGCUGGGAUCAUCGACCUGAUCCUCACUGGAAUCGGUCCGUUGUGUUUAACUUAUACAUCGGUUCAUAUUGGGUCAAGUUUCCUGCCGGGAUGUUGAAAUGUUGGACAAGUUAUUUGUUAUCCAGUGUUCGCUGUCAGUGUUCAAUUUUAUAAAUGCGCUCGUGAUAUGCCAAGGUUGCGUACCCGCCGUCUUAUUGAAGCCCACGUUAAGCAGAAGCCAAUAUUGGACGAAAUGAGCGCCUAACGCUUUAUAUGCCACUUCCUGGGUCUUCUGCAUAUUCAAGUGUCCGAGCUGAUGCGCCUUGAGAUCCGGCCUGGCGAAAUUGCAGAGGUGCGCGGUCGAAGAGCCGAGAUCACAUGCUGGCUGUGCGGCGUGCAGUCUCUCCAUGCGUCGGGUCUGAGGUUCGGUGCAGGCACUCCCCAUUUGUGCAUUAGUACGUCGAGAUGCUCCCAAAAUCAUUUAAUAGUCACGGAUUGGUACUUCCGACGGCCACCGCGUCCCUCUAUCCCAUUACGUGCAGGACAUACCCACCCCAUCGCAUCCACAAUGUCGAAGCGAAAGCAAUCGAUGACGUCCGCUCGCUCAUCUCCCGGCUUGAGGCGCUCCAGCACCAGCGUCGUGACCCUUAGUCUCAAGAGCCAGCCAAGUGAAGCGCGGGUCCUCAUGCUGCCUGACCGCGAGACGCGAGGCAUCACCGACAGCCCAAGCAGCUCAAUGGUUUCCCUUCCACUGGCCACGGAGUCCGUAAGUCUGCACGCCGCGGACGAUGGCAAAGAGCAGGAGAUCGUCGAUCUCCGUAGCAAGCUCCAAGAAGCUGCACUCGCAAUUGAGAGCCGUGACCAGACCAUCUCGGCUUUACGAGAACAGAUACGUUUGUCUUCAGAAACAACCGAGCUUCAAAAGACCUCACUGCAGGCGGCCAAUGAACGCAAGAAAGCCGCCGAGGCUGCGAAGGCGAAAUCCGAGGAGCUUUCCAGGACACGGCAUAGGGUUCACGAGCUGCAGAACGCGCUGGCAGCUGCACGAAAAGAGCUGCAGGAUGCUCAGGCUGUCUCACGUUCGAAUGAAGCAGAACUAGCUGCCGAGCGGUACGCCCGGGCUGCAGCCGAAGAAGAGCUUCAUGCCAUACGUGCGCAGAAGCAAGAGCUGGAGACUGCAUAUACGCGGAGCGCAGCAUUGCUCGAAAAGAGGAUAGCCGAGACAGAUAUGGAACGUGCGACGCACAAGGAGCUCGAGGGACGGUGUGCACGGCUCCUAGAAGGGAAGACCUCCCUCGAAGCCUCGCACGCUCAGACGCUGGCGGAGCUCCGGCAGACGGCCAGAGAGGCUGCUGCUGAGCGCGAUCUUCGGGCAGCAGCCGAGCGAGAGCUCCGUACGGUGCGUAAAGAGAAGCAACAGCUCGAAACUGUUCUCUCAGGCACGCAAAUAGCGUUGGAGGCAAGGCUCGUCGAUGCAGAUUCAGCGCGAGCUAUUCUCGCGAGCGUCCAAGAGACGCUGACUGCCACUCAGUCGGAAACGCAAGGCUUACUGGACGUGCUGUCGCAUACGACGAUACAGCUCGAGGACGUUACAUGCGAGCUAGACGCAGAGCGCGUCGCCCGUAACAAACUCGAGGAGAUGCUCAGCGUGACACAGACGGAGCAGCGAGAAACGGAAGCAGCACUGUCACAUAAAGAACAAACGCUCCAAGAGAAGACCGCCGAAUGCGCGGGAGAACGUACAGCCCGCGUUCGUACUGAGGAGGAGCUGCACGCGAGUCGCCAGGAGAAGCAGGACCUCGAGGCUGCUCAUGCGAAGACCCGUGUAUACCUCGAGAUCUCGAGAGACGAGACGCGUGAGGAACAUACUGCCCGCGUCGUUGCUGAGGAGGGACUCCGCCUCCUCGAGGCUGUUCUUGAAGCCAGCAUCAUUGAACGCGAUGAGCUAUCCAUCCGCGCCGCUGAUCUUGAAAUCCAGUUGCACAGAGAGAAGGACGACAGGUCUCGAACGGUUGCGCGGCUCGAAGCAGUACUCUUGACAUCAACGCAAAAUUUGAAACGUAUCAAAGACGAGCAUAGCGAGGCGUUGGAUAGAGUCAAAGACCUUGAGCAGCGACUUGCGCGAGAGGCGGCUAUGGUGCAGCGCGUAGAAGGGGAGAAAGCGAGUGCAAUUGCUGAGCUUGAUCGGCAACUGGAGUCCACCGCGGCUGAAAGUCAGCGGAUACAGUCAGCACUUCAGGACGCAGAAGCGGCACUCAAAGCUGAAAAGCACCUCGUCAAGGAAGCGGAGAAACAAAUAGAGCGAAUGAAGAACUCUCCUUUCGUUUCAUUCUUUAUCGCGCUGGGAUCCACCUGAACAUGCGGACUAUGUCUCUCUCAGGAAGAUUUCUGACCUUAUUUAUGUAUUUGAAUUUAUCAUUGCGAGAGAAAGUCAU